AUGCUACAUUUUGCUGAAUCCCUUGCAACGGAAACUGUCCUCUUCAGAACGUUCUCUUCAGAUGUUUUCAACGCAAGUGUCCAGUCUUCUGAUACAAAGGUUCUGCUGGACACCGUUGGUAACGCCAGCCUACGCUGUACCUACAAGGAGGACUUCAAACGUUUCCUCCUCCCCACCAUGUACAGUUUUGUCUUUCUGCUUGGCCUUCCGCUUAACGCAGCGGUGAUACUAAAGAUAUGGAGGAGGAGGCAAUAUUUGUCCCGCAGCAACAUUUACAUGCUCAACUUGGCCAUAGCAGACUUCCUGUAUGUGACUUCACUUCCGCUGCUCAUCUACAACUAUGCGAGCCAUGACUACUGGCCCUUUGGACAGUUUGCGUGCAAACUAGUCCGAUUUCAGUUCUACAGUAACCUGCAUGGCAGUAUCCUCUUCCUUACCUGCAUCAGUGUACACCGCUACAUUGGCAUCUGUCAUCCUCUGGCAAUAAGGCACGGACAAGGCGGCCGUAAGCUGGCGUGGCUCAUUUGCGGAGGAGUGUGGCUGAUUGUAGCCAUCCUCUGCGCACCGACAUUUCACUUCGCCUCGACGGGAAUCCAGCGAAACCGCACUGUCUGUUAUGAUUUAAGCGCACCGAAGCAGUCGGCGGACUACUACCCGUACGGCAUGGCCCUCACCUGCCUCGGCUUCCUGUUGCCUUUUACUGGUGUGAUGAUAUGCUACUGCAAAAUGGCCCACUUUUUGUGCCUCCCGGUGUCCUACCAAGGCGUCAACAUACAGACGAGGGACAAACGUGACAGAGCGGUGAAAAUGAUCAUUAUAGUGGCAGUGGCAUUCUGCAUCAGCUUCCUGCCCUUUCACCUCACAAAGAGCUCUUACCUGGUGGUUCGGACGCUCCCUAGUAUGACCUGUGAGACUAGGAACCUCUUUUCUAUCAUCUAUAAGAGCACAAGACCAUUUGCCAGCAUGAAUAGCUUUCUGGAUCCCAUUCUUUUCUACUUCACUCAGCUACGAUACAGACAGAGCACCAAAAGGUUCAUUCUCAGAGUUACCACUCGCAGGGACAAGCAUACCAGUGAAUAA